CUGACUGGAAAUACUUUACAUUUAAAUAAAUUUUGAAAGUUUGCUUAAAAACUAUUGAAAAUUUUCAGAAUUAAUGUGAACUUGUGGUCAAACUCUUAGACAGAAAUGGUCAAGAUCCAAAAAUACUUCUUUUUCUGCAGCUUAAUGGGAAUGUUGCAAUUAAUCGACGGGAUUGAAGCGCAUGAGCUGUUGGAAAUCCUGAAAAUUGUUACAGACAUUAAAAAAGUACAAUCCAAACUUCCAGAUAAAGAACUCAUUUCUUUGAUGAACAGACUUUUCGAAAAUUGCUCUAACAACAACAAUCCUGAAGAAUGCAAAUCCCAGCUGCGUCCUGAUCUUCUUAAGAGAAAAAUCGCCUUAUCCAGAAUUCUGUCCAAUGACCUCGGAAAUCUUGCAAAAUUAGCUCAAAUAAACCACGAAUCUGGAAGUGACUCAAAAAAACAACAUUUGAGAAAACGACGAGCACUUCUUGCUCUUUUGGGCCAAUUGCUUGGGCCUCUUGCCGGAGUGGUUACUGAAAGUGAGGGUGCAGGUUACAUUUCUAAAAUUGAAAAACUGAAUGAAGGGCAAACUGCAAUGAAUAGUUUGAUAUGGAAACAGAAGAUUGAGGAAAAAACUCAAAUGGAUCAUAUUGAAGCCAAAGUGGAAAGACAGAGUGGUCAGAUCCAGGAUGUAAGAGAAAAAGUGACGGAAGUGACGAGUCGUUUGAACAGCUUAGUUCUCUAUGAGAAACUUUUUGAGCAGGUGAAAAAUCUUAGUGAAGGUUCUCACCAAUUAGAAGAGAAAUUGGACAAAUUUAUGGAAGCUACUCAGUCGGUAAUCAAUUCGGUAAAAAGGGUCAAGGCUCGAACCCCUGAUGCCCAGGAUUAGAAGCAAUAAGAAUGAAGACUUUUUUUAAUGGUUGGGAAUACGAAAUUUUGAAUCCCUGGUUAAUUUUACAUCGAAUUAGAGAUAAAGUAAGGUUAUUAAGGUAAUUAGGUGAGCUACCGAAGAGCACAGUAAGUGAAAAUACAGUUUUCUGUGUAUAUGUAC